AUGAACACUAACUCGUCUCCAAAAACUUCCAUGUUAUUCCUUCCACUUCUUCUCACCUCGUUCUUGGUUUCUCCCGCCAUCGCCCAGAAUGCCACUGAUACCUUUGACUGGUCCUCGCUAAAACCUAGCGCUAAUUUGAGUUGGGUUCCUUGCAACUCCAUCUUCCAGUGCGCACGGCUUGAGGUACCUCUCGACUAUGCAUCGCCCUCCCUCGGAACGGCAGCCAUUGCGGUGGUUCGUCUCCCCGCCAAUGUGUCCACAAGCAGUUCUGCCUACCGUGGGCCAAUUCUUUUCAACCCUGGUGGCCCAGGAGGGACUGGUGUCGAGGCUCUGGUGGCUUUUGCUCCCAGAUUCCCCGCUCUCUUUGGUUCGCAGUAUGAUUUUGUUAGUUUCGAUCCGCGCGGUGUUGGCGUCUCCACUCCUCCCGUUUCGCUUUUUGGAUCUCCGGUAGAACGAGCCUUGUGGGAUGCAGGCUCGUUCCCCACUUCCUUAAACGCAUCCUCCGACUCCACUGCCCUAGUGCGGAGCUGGGGCCUCGCCCAGGUCCAGGGUGAGGUGGCUGCUGAGCGCGACAAGACCGGUAUACUUAAAUAUGUGACGACGGACAACGUUGCUCGCGAUAUGCUCGUGAUCACCCAACAAAUGGGGUUUCCGAAACUGAAAUAUUAUGGACUCUCAUAUGGGAGCGUGCUUGGCGCGACCUUUGCGGCGCUGUUUCCGGAUAAAGUCGAUCGAAUGAUCUUGGAUGCGGACCUAUCCGUUCAAGCAUCUUCAGCAGACGCUGCUCUGCAGACGUUUUUUACUUCUUGUGCCGCCGCCGGCCCGUCUACAUGCCCAUUUGCGAAUAAUAAGAAGAACACGCCAGAACAACUCGCCGCUCGACUGACCGCCCUCACUAAUGCAGUCCGCAAACAACCCGUUCCAGUCGCGACACCGGCUGGCUAUGGGCUGGUCGAUUAUUCAUUGCUCCGGUCAGCCAUCUACGACUCGAUCAGCAGUCCAUUCGAUACAUUUCCAACUUUGGCAAAAGCUCUCGCCGAUCUGGAGAAGGGAGAUGGGGCAGCGCUGUUUGCCAUAGAAGCAGAGCCGCUGUUUCAAUGUGGUAACAACGACCCAGACUUCUCUGGCGCGGGUGUAGCUAUUGGGUGUGGGGAUGCCGCAGAGGUGCAUGAUUCGCUGGAAGAGUUGGGCACAUUCUACCGUAAGGCAGCCAAGGUUUCGCAGUUUGCAGAAUUUUUGGUCGGAAUGAGGAGGGUCACCUGCAGUGGAUGGAAGGUAUAUCGUCAAGACCGCUUCAAAGGACCGCUCCCCGUCGUCAAGACUAGUUUCCCCAUUUUGUUUGUCUCCAAUACAGCGGACCCGAUAACGUCCAAAGCAGGGUGCGUUAACAUAGUAGCCGAUAAAGUGCUCGGCAACUCACCUGGUCCUCCCCCCCACAGAGCCUUGAAGACUAUUUCGAAGUUCCCUGGCUCUGUCCUGCUUACACAAGAUUGUCCUGGGCACACAUCAAUUUCGGCAACAUCGCGGUGCACCCUUGGGGCUUUCGCGGCAUACAUGCUGAAUGGAACGCUUCCGCAUCCGGGAACUGUGUGUCCAGUCGACCAGGAACUUUUUGGAACGGAGUAA